UGCGUCCCGGCCGCAGUAGCGGCCGCAGAGGGCGGGUGGCGGCCAGCAUGGAGCGGGAGCUGGAAGCGCUGGUGGCCCGGCCCACGCACCCGGCGGAGCCUCCCUUCCAGGAGCUGGUGGAGGCGGCUGGGGGCCGCGGGCAGGUGCUGCUGGUGGGCGAGCUGUGGGAGCGCGAACAGAGCCGCGCUCUGCUGCUGGACUUCGCCCGGGCCGUGUUCCCGCCCGAGCCAGGCGUGGGCAAGCCGAGCGGCGCGGCGGCGGAGGGCGCGGGACCAGGGGGGGCGCGCGGGGCGCAGAGGGCGGCGGGGACGCGCGCCAUCCUCUCGCCCCUGGUCUUCGUGCUUUGCCGCGCAUCGUCGCUGGCCGCCCGGGAGCCGCGGCGCCGCCUGCGGGAGAUGCUGCGGGACGUGCGCGGCCGGCGGCGGGCCGGGGCGGCGCUGGUGGGGGUGCUGGUGGCCGAGGCCGGGCCCGAGGACGCGGUGGCGCUGGGGUUGCGACUGCUGGAGGCGCUGCUGCGCGCAGUGUUCGGCCGCCAGGCGGGGGGCCCGGUGCAGGCAACCGCCUACUGCCCCGGCCGCCCGGCCUCCUGUCUGGCCGUCCAGGCGGCCGCCUGCCGGGCCCUGCAAGCCGCCGGAGCCGCGCGACCAGUGGAAGGAGCCUGGGAGAGGCCAGGCCUGCCAGGACUGCUGGCCUGCUUUUCCUGGGGUCCCUGGAGCCAGAGGAAGGACCAGGGUGUCAAUGCCUGCAGAAGCCCAGCUCAGGAUAACUUCCAGGAACCUGAGGAGCAGCUGGCGCUAACAGCCAUGUUUCCCAAUGGAGACUGCGAGGACCUUGGAAGGGGGUCAAAAGCCUGUGAUGGAGUUGUCCACACUCCUGCUGAGCCCAGCGGAGACUCUAGAUGAAGGCUGGCCCCUUGCGCUGUCCCUGGCUUUAACUUACAGAGUGGGGCCUGGCUCCUUCUCACUGGCCCCCAGGUCUCCAUGGGGACUCGGAAGCCCCCGCCUGCUGGAGGCCUGCCAGCCACACUCACAGUUACCAGCUAGACAGUGGGGCUCACUAAGACAAGCAGGACCUAAAACAGUGUCUCCCUGGAAACCUACUCCCUACCCAGCAUUUGCUGAGUCUGAUCACAGGGAGGUGAUUUUGUCUCUCUGGCUCGGUUUUUCUGAGCCACUGGGACAGAUGGCUCUCUGCUUUGAGGCUCUGCAGUGCUGUGGCAACCCACGGGGCGUUUGCAGUUUUCCAGGCACAUGCAUGUGCACCCAUCAUUGAGAAUGCAGCUGGGAAGAACUUUGAAGCAGAAGUCAUCAGAGCUGAGGUGUGACCUUGCACAUGUCACUCAAUCUCAGGGGCUUCUGUUUCACAAUGCAUGAGGGGGCCACCAGCCCAGCAGCUUUCAACCAGGGGCAGGUUGUCCCUCCAGGCAGCAUUGGAAACGUGUGUGUGUUGAGGGGGUCACAGUGACUGUGGGGGCACCCCUGGCAUCUAGUGGGCAUCUCACAAUAUGCAGAACAGUCUCCAAUAGCAAAGAGUUAAUUGGUCCAUUCAAUGCCAAUCAUAGAACCUUUGAGAUAUUCUGGCUGAGCCAAUCCCUUCUUUCUGUCAGAGCUCCCCAGAACAGAGAGGGUCAGGCUUCCCCAGACCUUGGCUCCCAGAGCAAGCCAGAAUAAAGACUACCCCGUUGCCUUGAGGGCUUGUCCGGCCGGGGCGCGCUGCAGGCCCGGGACAGAAAUAGCCAUGCAUGCCUGUGAGAAGAAAGAGCCUCUUUCUUCCCAUGUUGACAUUGACUCUCUGUGACAAGUCCUUUGGGCAUAAGGAUGCUUAGGGAAUUCCUAUAGGUACCGAACAGAAGGAAAGCUAGGGGCUUGGACUCUUGGGUAUAGGACUCUCUCUAGCUCUCAGGUCCUAGCCCAAGCUCAAUGCAAACAGCCCAGAGGUUCUAGAAUCCCUUCCUCUGUGUCUGUGAGUCUGAUACAAUCGAUGAUGUUCCCGUAGAGCCGGGGAAGCUGUGUGUUUACUCACAGAGGGAACUCACGAUCACCUCCCUCGUCUUUUUGCCUGCCCUUGGAGAAUUCCAGAGUCUUCGGAAUGGCAAAGGCAGCUCCUGGAUUUCCCUGGAGGGGAGGCGCUAGCUGAGGGAACAGCUCCCUUCAUUCAUGCUGCACAGUUUAUUCAGCAGACACACAACUGUGCCUACCAUUUGCUCAGCGCCCUGAAAGGUGCUGCCUAACUUUGAUGCGUUAUUUCAGCUCUCCCCACGAUGGUGCCAAAUGGUGCAAUGGGAAGCUUGUUUUGACUGGGGGCUCUAUGAUACUAAGGAGGGGCCCUCCCUGCUCUGUGCCUCAAUCGAUUCUCCAUAAUAAGGAAUUGAACCCUAUUCCUUCCCUGCCUGAUGAGGAUGGUGUGAGGACGAGCAGGACAGCAUCUUAUUUGGGGUUUUUGGUGGCAGGCCUCAUUUUAGUCCUGCGGGCUGCCUGCCCUUCGACCCACCCAGCUGCCUCCUUAGAGUCAAGAAUUGUGAUUCACUGAUUUUAUUGAUUUUGUUUUAAAACAGGGAGAUUGGUAUUUUUGAAGCUGCUAUAAUUUUCUAUUUCUUUAUUAAUUUCUUUGUAAUCCUCCGGUUAAAGUUUUCUUAUUUGGUGGGA